AUUCAGCGUUGUAAACACGACAACACGUACUUGUUUUUAGGUCCACCUGUCAUGUGGAAGUAGGGUCUCAUAUGGCAAGAAUGAUGGAGCUUUAUUGUGCAUUAAUUAAAAAAAUGCACUGUGCGGAAAAAAUAGUUUACUCAGAGUUUGUGACUCAUUCUUUUCUUUUCGUUUCCACAGUCUUUAUAAACAAGUUUUAAAUUAAAGUCGAACAGUAUGUCGACGCCACAAGCAGAAGAUUGUCGACUCUUAAGUCUUAAUAUGUAUUCCAUCAACGACCAAACACCAGUGAUCAACAAAUGUGCUACCUGGUUGUUAAUUCAUCUCUCGUGUUUCACAGAUCCCAUAUGAAAGAAGAAACUUGACAGUAUGUUCUCUCUGUUUUAAGUUUCACGUACCCCACAGUGUUCCAAGCUUGGCAAACUUUAGUGGGAGCAGUCAUUUUUAAAUACUUGAAUGCAAAGAAAAUGCUAGAUGUUGUUCCAUUGGAUAGAUCAGCAGCUUUGCAGUUGCUGCCACACUGCGUCUUCUUUGUUGGUGGUAUUGUUGCUGGAUCGAAAGCAUUAUCGAAACUUCCUAUUCCGGUAUUCGUGAGUGUGGGUAGCCUUCCAAGAGUUUGUGUGUUCCUGCUGGACUAUGUGUCAUCAGCUAUCAAGGCUACAGCAUUGCAGCUGACUGCAGGGUUGGUUUGCUUAUUGGCAGCUACAUCUGUCAUCUUGCUGGACGUGAGUCUGCCUUUUGCAGAUUCGGGAUACACCUGGCUGUUGGCACAUGUUGUUUUCAUAACAGCUCAAAUUCUGCAUGGCAGGAUAACUGACAGUCACUACACAGAGACAGAUAAGCUGUAUUAUAGCAACAUUUUUAGUGUUGUCGUGUUGGCCCCUGCAAGCUUUUACUUGGAGGAGGCAUUCUCCGUGUUGCACUUCCGCCACAGGCGGCAGAUAAGAUUCUAUAUUGGUUGUCUGUGCAGCGGAGUGCUGGGAACAUGUCUGCAGCUAUGGGCUCCACAGACAAGGGCCGCUCCACAGGCUAAUGCUGUGGCACGUAUGGUUGCCUGCUUGUUAGCAGUGCCUGUAUUUGGACAUCAUAGUCCCGACUGGCAGACUGUGUCUGGAGUCGCAGUGAUAGGUCUCGUUUGUGCAACCAUUGUACCAUCUUUAGAUGAAGUAGAACCAAAAGAGAAACAUACAGAUUUACUAUCAGUAUGAUUGUCAAGAGGCUGAUAUUUCUCCAGAUAGAAAACUGCAUUUAUUGUAAUUUGACCAUAGAUGAAUUUUUUAUUUUUUUAUUUUUCUGUAAGCAGAAAUAAGUCAAGACUUCUGCAAAAGAACUGACAAAGACAUUUUUUUCUAUAUUUCAGUGCUCAAUUAUAAGUACUUGAUUAUUGUGUUAGGGACUAUGUUUGUUAAUAUUGAUUUUUUUGUACAUUGUGGUGCUGGAAGGAAAAACUUCAGAUUAUGACAAAUGGAAAUCAUGUACCUUAUUAUGAGAAAUGGGAAUUAUGUACCUUAAAUUUGAGAGAAAAGUCUCCUUUCAUUUGAAACUUGCACAUUCCUCAUCCAAGCAAAACUGUUUCCUCCUAGGAUUUUGCUAUUUUUCAUUGAGUGUGCUAGGAAACUUGUAUGUUGUUUAUCACUGAGUACCGUUUUACUCUAUUGCUUCUUAUCAGACUUAUGACAGUUAUUGAAAUCACAAGAAUGGCUUCCUUUUUUAUAGAUGUAUAUGUUCCCAUAGGUUAAGAAAUGCAAGUUUUCAUUGUAAUGUUCAGAAAUGCCUGUUUUGGUUUUUUUAUCUGUAAAAGUGAAUGUAACCUAUGCUAAUGAAACUGCUAUUUUAGCUGAACUUCACUUUCCUGACGCGUAAGAAAAAUCAGUAAUUCGUAUUCCUGCAGUGAAGUUAACCUCUUUCAGAAUGCCAGAGAUAUUUGCAUUCACACACCCACGCACACGUGCGCAUGCACACAGAUGCUCGCAUGCCCCCCUCCCCCCCCCCCCCCUCACACACACACACACACACACACACACACACACACACACACACACACACUAAAAAAGUGAUUGUCUUCUGGUUCUCUAGUUAGUUUAGUUACAAUAUUGUAACCAAGACAUUUUCAAAGUGGUUACAUUAGAUGCUGCACCUUGGUAUGUAUCGAGUGAUAAAAAUGUCCUGAGAAACCAGUGUGUGCCAACAUUUUGAAGCCCUACCUUAUUGUCUUGUUUUGAAUAUAUUGUCAAAGACUGCUGUGUCCUUUGAAAGCUGUAAUUUCUUUUUCAAUACACUGAUUCCAAUAAGGAAAUAACAGGCAAACUGUUGAGAACCUAGUAAGUGAAUGUAAAAUUUCCAUAACUUAGAAAAAAGAAAAAAUCAGUAAGGUUGCCUAGGAAAUUGUGUUGAUUUUUUAAAAAGUAGUUUUAUGCUGUUACUUGGACAACCAGAUUGUAUUUAUCUUCGUUUGUGAAUGACAUCUCACAUUAGGUGUUUGAACAAAGUCUAAUUUGCAACUACAUACCUGAAAACUGCUCUUGUUCAAUUACAGGAAUGCCAAUAAACAUUGCUCUAUUUCCAAGCUCUAUAAAUACUAGUUUGUUGAAGAGUGAGUUUCAUCAUUUCAGUGUACCAUAAGGUAUUUAAAAUACUCCAAACCGGGAGGAUUUCUUGAGGAUCAACUGCUGGAAGCUCCACAAAAGACUGACUUUCUGCAAUAAAGUCCCCAUUAAUCCAUGACAUUGCUAUACCUUAGAGGGCAUCCUCAAGAUUUACUGACUCAAAAAUAUCUUACAUUUGCAGCAUCUCAGGAGUAGAAGUAGCAUCUGGGGAAAUUUCUAUCAUUUGUAAGAAUUUUCAGGUUGAGAGAAGUCACGUUCACUUGUAUUAUUUAAAAUCUCUGUAAUCUCAUCUACAGUUAACUCAGACUGAAAGGAAACAUGGAUAUUGUAGAGACAGACAUUCCUGAAGUUACCUAGCCUUAAAUGCUCAUUGUUAUGUGGAUGAAAAAAAGUUCAGUUCUGUAUUUUAUAUGUAUUUAAAUAUACUGAAAUAAUUUGUUCACUGCUGCUUA